UUUUAACUUGUAUUUAAAUAUUUAUACCCGACUUUUUGAGUGUAAUCAAGAAUUGGCAAGAUUUUUCCAUUUUUUGUGAAAGCAUUUUCAUAUUGUAAAAUAAAGCUUUAUAAGAUGGAAAAUAAACACUUUGAAACCAUAAGUGUAUUAGACAGUAGUGGCAGCUGGUGGACAAAAUUUGUGGGUGUUCACACCUCAGACGCAUGUGAGGGGGGGGGGGGCAACCUCAGUGGUGGAAGCACUGUUCAGUGGAUCUGUUUCUUGUUGGAAGCGAUACAAAAAGUUUGACCUAAUAAAAGACUGAUUAGCUACAAACAAACAGUAAAAAAAAAUAAUUUAAAAACACCUAGGAAAAAAAAAAAGUCAGAUAAAACAAGAUUAAAAAAAUAAUAAUAUAAAAAAUGUUUAAAUAAGACAAAUACAUUGAGCACACCGAAUGUACUCUGACAUCUGCUCUCGAAAUUGAAAUGUGUUUUUAUUUAAAUAGAAGUUGUCCCUGAAAGUUCAAAGACCAAGAACAGGAAAAAAUAAGACCUUAAAUGGAGACUUUAAUUUACUGUAUUUUGCCCCAAACUUUGGUACCUAACUUCUUUACAGCUACUCCUUGUCAGUGAAUUGUAUAUUACAGUACAAUAAAAUAAACUGAACAAUAACAUGGCAUGUGGUCUGAAAGCAUAACAUAUUAUUCCACGGUAUAUGGCAUAUUACAGAUUUUUUGGUAGAUUUUUUCACCCCUUCCCUCUAAAAGAAAAAACGGAAUGAAACAGCAUACACGAGCACAGUUGAAAUAUUCAAUGGACUGUAUAUUUGCUCACACAACUUUUAACUCCUUUGUUUUAGUUUUUAGACUGUGCCCUCCACGUUUUGAAUAACGUGGAAUGUGUAUACAGUCUGUAAUGUACACCACUCGUCCUUAAAAACGAUAUUAAUUUGUUUCGGAUAUUUUCUCGCACUGAAUAAUUACCAUCAUUCCACCUUACAAAUGUCAGACGGGCUAAUUGUAAACAUGAAGACGGAAGUCCCAUCACCAUGGGAUUGUGGGUGGUGAAACUGAAUAAUUUUUAGAAUAUAACUUUGCCUUUCUAAAUGUGCUACAAGUACAAAAUUAAAAUUACAAAAAAAAAUGUUAAUGUUAAACUGAAAAUCGCCUGUCUAUUCCUAUUGAAUAUAGUGUAGCAUGCUUUUAAGAAACCUUAUCGCAGCAGUGCACCACGGGUAAUAUGCUAAUACGAUACCAGAACUGCGCUACUGCCUUUGCAGCAACAAAAAACGUUUCCAAGUCGUUCAUGUUUAGCAUAGGAUAAGUGAAUGGGAUAUUUAAAAAGUAAUCAACAGACUUGCCAAAUGUUAUGAAAAUAAAAUCUGUGGGCAAUGGCAAGUGGAGAUCUGAAUGCGGAAAGGGAUAGGAUCCAGAGGGAGAUUGAGGAGCUGGAGAGAAAUCUGGGUCUGGCUGCUGCUGCUUCUACUGACGCUUCAUUUUCUGAGUCAGAAAAUGAGGAUUCAGAGUUGGAGCAAGAUGAAGGUACAGAUGGUGGUGCACAGCCUCCGAUUGGUAUGUCUGCUGCGGAGCUGUCUGCUGAGAGAGAGAAAAUCCAGAGAGAAAUCGAGGAGCUGGAGCGCAGUUUGGGUCCUGCAGCUGCCUGCAUGGAUGUGUCCCCUCUCGGGUCACAGGAAGAGGAUUCCGAGGAAGAUGAAGAGGCUGAUGGUCGUUUUGUGAUGGACAUGGGGGGUGCAGAUGGAGAGGAGGAAGAAGACCUGGGGCUUCCUGAAGACAGUGAGACCUGUCUGCAGAUCAACCUGGUGUACCAGGAGGUGAUCGAGGAGAAGCUGCAGGAGCUGGAGGUGCUGCUGGCUGAGAACAGAGAGCAGCAGAAUGAAAUCCUCUCCCAGCUGUCUGUUUCACAGGCUGACAAGACAGACGGAACCAAGCUGCCACCAUCCAACCAGUUUUUAGGGCACUUCUUGAAACCAUAUUUUAAGGAUAAGAUGACUGGCCUUGGUCCACCUCCUAAUCCAGAUACAAGGGAGAAGAUGGCUCAAGGAAUUAAGUCCUUUGAAGAUCUUGGGGUGAGAAAAUGGAAAAGCUGGGAGAAGGCCUUGCUGCGUUCAUCGGUGGUAAGCGACAGCUUGAGGCGUUUGCUGCAGCCAAAAUUAUCAAGGGUUGAAUAUUUGACCCAGAAAAUGGAAAAGGCCAACGGAAUGGAGAAACAGAUCCUUGAAAAGCAGAUCAGUCAAACAGAGAAGGAAAUCGAAGACAUCAGCCGGAUGCCUGAUGAAGAGUUGAUUGGGAAUCGCGAACAAGAACAUGACUGGGAAAAGAUUUCAAAUAUUGAUUUUGAAGGCUUGUCCAAACCUGAGAAGUACUGGCAGAACCACCUGCACAUGGAGAUCAACAAGAAGAAGUGGAGCGAUGAGGAGCUUGAGAGGCUGAAGGAGAUCGCAGCCAAUCACAACCACACCAACUGGGAUAAGAUUGCUGAGGAGCUGGGGACAAACCGGAGACCCUUCAUGUGCCUGCAGAUGUACCAGUUGUUCAUUAACACAGAGCUGAAAAAGAAGUACUUUACCAAGGAAGAGGAUCAGGUGCUGACGGAGCUGGUGGAAAAAAUGAGAAUCGGCUCUCACAUCCCGUACACCAAAAUUUCCUAUUUCAUGGAGGGAAGAGAAGCGGCGCAGCUCAUCCAUCGCUAUACGCAUAGUUGUGAUCCGGCUCUGAAGAGGGGGCCGUGGUCAAGUGAGGAAGAUGCGUUGUUAAUAAAAGCAGUUGCUGAGUACGGCCCUCGGGUGUGGUGGAAAAUUCAAGCAAAGGUCCCAGGAAGAACCGAUGCACAGUGCAGAGACAGGUAUAUGAAUUGCCUGAGUGAAGAUGUUAAGAAAGGGAAAUGGUGCUCAGAAGAGGAGACUUUGUUCAUUGACCUGGUUAAUAAGCAUGGAGUCGGCCGUUGGGCGAAAAUAGCCUCAGAGAUUCCCAACCGGACAGACUCACAGUGUCUACAUAAAUGGAACACCCUGACAAAACCAAAAAAGAGAAGACAGAAGUUAAAGGAAGUCAGAUCGUCGAGAUUAGGGAGAAAGAGAAGUAAGAACAUAAGUAAGCUGAAGAGGAAGGCGUCUCUGCUGAAGAAGGGCAUGCUAUCGAGCUCUGACUCCGAGGAGAUGGAGCUGUCAGACAGCGUUGAGGAGGGGUCGGGCAGCGAGAACGAUGACGACUCAGAGUCGGAGGAGGAGGAGGAGGAGGAGGAGGAGAAGGAGGAGUACACCAUGCCCAGUAUUGACCUGUGGAUCCCUGUCGGCCCUGAUAUUCCUGAGCUCCCCAGGUCUAAACGGCCUGCUAGAAAGAGAGCCCCCUCACCCACCCCCACUGCUCCUUUGAACCCUGAUGCAGCGCUCCCCAGCCCCGAAGCUCAAGCCCAGAGCGGACCGGCACAUGGCAGGAAGAACAGGGUUCCACUCCGUAGCACCACUGUCGCUUCUGAACGCAGUACGGUGCUCAAGGGCCCGGGAUAUCUCGCAAACCGCAACCUGAACAGCAGCAGCCCUGCUGAACUGACCACCACGGUUUCCCAAACAGGAAAUAAAAUAUUGAAGUUGACCUUUACAGAAGUGAGGAAGCUACUGAGACCUAAAAGUAAACUCCAGGAAAAGACGGGGAAGAAGAAGAAAGGUGUGGAGAAACAGAAAACCACCAGAGCUUUUGUCUCUCACCUGCAAAGCAAUAACCUGAACCAAAAGCUCAUGAUGGCAGUAACUCCCUGGAUGGAGAACGUUUUAAUGCCCAAAGGCAGGUGUAAGCGCACUGAAGCUGAUGUCAUUAGAGAGAGAGCUGAGAAAAUUGGUCUAGCCACCACACCAGUGUUUACUCUGCUUAUUACAAUGUUUCAGAUUGACGCAGCAGGCUGUCGGAAGGUCAUCGAGGAGAGAGCGAAAAGGUUUAACGCAGAACGCUGUAAGAAGGUCGGCCAGGACAGAGCAAAAAGGAUUGAGACAGAAGGCUGCAUUCAGGACAGAACUAGAAGGGGGACCCCUAAUUAUAACUCAGUCCAGAAUAACAGUGGGCCACUGAUACGUCCCACGGCCAGUAGCGUGAGAACGGUGGCUCAGGUAUUGUAUGAAAAACGAUUAAAGGAGGCCAGGUUGAAGAAGAGAGCCGCUUCUCAUACUAGCAUCCUUCUCAUGCCCAGUAUGAUCGUGCCUCAGACAGUGGUUAUCCAGCAGCCUUUGGUACAGGUCACUCCUGAGCAGCACAAUCCUUCUCCAGUCAUUCCCACUGAGGUCACAGCUGAAAAGCCCAAUUCCUCUGGAGGAGGGGAGACAGGGAAGACAGCAGGUGAUAAACCUGCAAAAAUACCACCAAGAAAGAGACAGAGAACAAGCAAGACCAAACCUCCAGAGGGUGACUUGAGCACCCAUUCCACAAACCCCAUCCAGAUACCUGACUCAAAUACUGUUUCAUCAAACCCCAUCCAGAUACCUGCUUCAAAUACUGUUUCAUCAAACCCCAUCCAGAUACCUGCUUCAAAUACUGUUUCAUCAAACCCCAUCCAGAUACCUGCCUCAAAUACUGUUUCAUCAAACCCCAUCCAGAAACCUGCCUCAAAUAAUGUUUCAUCAAACCCCAUCCAGAUACCUGCCUCAAAUACUGUUUCAUCAAACCCCAUCCAGAUACCUGCCUCAAAUACUGUUUCAUCAAACCCCAUCCAGAUACCUGGAGCUGCACCCUCCCCUAUGACCAUCAGCUGGAUAUUGACCCCACAAGGUCUAGUUCCUGUCGCUACCCAAGCUCCAAUAGCAAUGCAGGCCCAGAAUGCACCCCAGUCCCCAGUCGUGGUGCCUCUGAACCAGCAGGGUACUCAGCAAAGCUUAGCUACUGACACUCCAAAGAGACAACCAAAUAUUGCCAGCAGCACAACAAGCCCAGCGCUGCCUAAAGCUUCCGGAGCCAAAGUUAAUCCAGUCAUAUGCACUGCUGCCCCUGGAAGCAUCACCAACGUAGUCACUGCUGCUGGGCAGGUACUAAAUCCUGUCUCUCUGGUUUCCACUCCCUCAACUUACCCUUUACCGACCAGUUCUGCAGUGGGCACUGCCACAGUGCAGACUUCUGGAACAAUCCCGUCUAGUCCUGGACAAAUUCAGAUCAGUAGGUCUGCAGUAACAGGCUUGGUUCAGCCAAACGUUCUUCAAGUGAGACCACUUUUGUCUAAUCUACAAGGGUUCAGAUUGGUCAGGGUGGUGUGGCCCACUGGCCAGGGAACUGUCAGCAAUCUUCCAGCAAGAACUGGGUUCCCCUCCAACCAAGUCCAGCAGGUAUGUACAGCCCAGUCAGCACAAAUACCUGUGAGGGUGGUUCAGCAGCCACAGCCGUCAGGUUUGCCAGCCUCCCAAACUCCAGCUGUAGCCAACUCGUCUUGCUGCCCCCCAGGUCCUCCGAAUGCUUCCACCGCCAAGGCUAAUAAAAUCAGUGUGGACCUGAACCUGAUGUUCCAGGAAGAUGAGGCUUUGGUGAAAGAAUGGCUCAGGGGGAAAGGAGGUGUCCGUCUGCCUAAGCUGAAUGUGGCGCUUCCCUAUCUGCCUCCUUCGAUCUUCAACUUGACAGCGCUAUUGCAACUCCUUGGACAGAAAAAGUCCUUGGAGGAAAAGGCCUCGAUUCUCGUCUCUGGGGCAGGACAUGAAGAUGGCAGGUCGGAGACCCAGGUGGAUGCUAUUAGAAGCUUAGUUGCAGAAAAGCUGGAUAACAACCCGGCUUACCUUCUCCUCAAAGCACGGUUCCUGGCGUGUUUCACUCUCCCAGCAUUUCUAGCAACCGUCCCUCCUGUGAGUGCCUCAACUACUGCCCCAGAGUUCCUGGACGGCACUGACUUUAAGACUAAAAGCCAAGACAGACGGGGUGCAGGUCCAGCUAAAAGUCCUAGACCACAGGGACCCAUGGAAGGCUGUUUAGAAACGGCUCCAUCCAACAUAAAUGAGGAAAGCACUGGAGAAAGUACAUCUCUACUGGGGUCCGAUGGAGUAGUGGCCAGCGAAUUCAUCGGGAUGAGGACAAGAAGAAGUACCCGCUUAAAAAAAAGAAUGUAGAAAAAGAAGAUGGUUUACAAGACAUGAAGAGAGUCCUAUGAAGUAAGAUACAAAGAGCCGUAAACAUUGAAGCACUGUUGGAAUUCGUCACUUUGUGCUUUUUGUUUUUUGUGUAAGCUGACUUUUUUUACUGUUUGUUUAAAAUCUGUUAGUGGAUUUCAGUAUUGGCAUCAGAGGUGUUGAUGUUUUGAGUCAUUUUCCUGAGCAAUGCUCAGUUAAAUCAUAAAUCGAUUCAAGUUUGUGGACAUGUUAAAAACAGUAUUACAUUUGAGAAAAAUAAUACUGGAUCAUAUAUUUGUGCAUGUGAAAUAAGAUUAUUAAAAAGUAUAACAUAACUAAUGGUAAUAUAUAUAUUUUUUCAGAAAACAGAAAUACAUAAUUUGUUGUAAAAUAAAGAGCAUACCCUGAACAAAAUAAAUUAUUGUAAUAAUAAUAAUAAUAAUAAUUUAAAAUGCUAACAAUAUUGUGUAUUGACAUCUGGAACAUUUAAAUGUUUGAAUAAAA